AUUCUGAUUACUGCAAAAUUUUAUAACUCUGUAAAUGUUAUUUUUCGUCAUAUCUACUUGCGGACGCAGCAUGAAAUCGGCAGCUAUUGCGCCAAUGCUUCUGGUUCGCGUACAACAAAAAGUCCACCGCCCGCGCAUCAGCAAGCCUCGCCCAUAACACCGAGUGAAUCCAGCUUCCCGGUUGGUGGCAUUCGCGGUGUUCCAGCACGUGAUUCGUUUAUCAUCUACCAGCACAUAUUACGCAAUCAACAGGAAACUAUCAAUGCUUCUUUGCGUGGUGAGUUCGACGAAAAAAUACUCGCUGGUAGUCCACCAUUGGAAUUGCGACGACCGGGUAGCGUGCCACGUACGAUCGCUGUGCCGCAUGGACUGCAAAGUCCACAAGACCGUGCCACAGAUUCGCCACAAGUUGCUCAAGUAUAUGUACACAACACCCGCAUACCACAUCCGCAUUACACUGAGCGCGCAUUCUACGAGGCGGGUCGCCAAUUGCCGGUCGAACCACCACCAGCUCAUCGUUCAGCUGCAGCGCAUAGUGUUGUGGCGCAACCACCGCCGGUCGCCGUGCCACCACCAGUCGCGGGAGCAGCCAGCCCAUUCAUUGGCGGGGCGCCUACGACGGUACAGCCAGCGUCAGCGGCAACAGCAGUGGUAAACACUACAACUGGUGGCGGCAAUCUUAAUGUACAACCACCACCAGCUGCGGUAGCACAUCUGCAUUCCGCACAACGGAUUGAGCAGGAACGCGAGCAGCGCGAACGAGAGCAACAGCAACUGCAACGUGAAAAAGAACGAAUUGCAAUUACAACCUCCACCGCAGAUACUUUGUCUUCUGCUGCUGGUCAACAAACCACAACUCAAACGAGAAGUCUGCAAGUAGCGACACCAUCCCAUGCCAAUCCACAAGUGACACAACCGCCACCAGCUGACUCACUGCUCACACUCCUGCAACGCUAUCCAGUCAUGUGGCAGGGUCUUUUGGCACUCAAGACCGAUCAGGCAGCAGUACAGAUGCAUUUCGUGUUCGGUAACCCUCAUGUGGCGCGUGCCUCGUUGCCCUGCAACCGCGACGGUAGUACACCGCCGCUGCGUAUAGCUCAACGCAUGCGGCUGGAGCAGACACAACUAGAGGGAGUGACCAAGAAGAUGCAGUUUGAAAACGAGCAUUGCAUGCUCUUGGCGCUACCUUGUGGCCGCGACCAUGCGGAUGUUUUGCAGCAGUCGCGGAACUUACAAACUGGCUUCAUCACCUACUUGCAACAGAAAAUGGCUGCAGGCAUAGUAAACAUACCGAUGCCCGGCAGUGAGCAAGCAGCCUAUGUUGUGCAUAUAUUCCCAUCGUGUGACUUUGCCAAUGAGAACUUGGAGCGAGCGGCACCUGAUUUAAAGAAUCGAGUAGCAGAAAUCGCACAUUUGCUGAUAGUAAUAGCAACUGUCUAAAUGCAAAAUGAGGUGUAAGUACCUAAAGCACCACUAAUGAGUAAAGGUUCAAAUGCGCAUUGCAUUUCAAUGCUCUGGAGCGUAAAAGCGGGGCUGUGCAAUUGCUUAAUCCGGAUUUUAAACACCAAAAUUACUAGUAUCACACUAGUAUAUACAAACUGGCAUAUAUAUAUAUAUACUGACGCGAACAAAGAAGUAAAUUUGUAACAAAUUUCAUUACAUGGAAUGUGACUACAUAAAACAAUAAAGAAAUCUGCCUCUAAAGAAAAAGUAAUAAGUAAAGAUAGGCGCAAAACUGCUGGCACAUAGGAAGAUAUUUAAAAGGGAAAUAUAACUACAUACAAACGUUAUGGAGGAACGAAUGUAAUUUAUUUUAAUUAAAUGUUUAAAGGAUUCUAGCAAUUAAGUUCUUUUCGAGAAAAUAACAUACAAAAAAAAACAUACAAAAAGUGUAGCCCAGAAAUCUAAUAAGUCGUUAACAGACACCCAAUAAGCAAAUUCGCUAAAAGCAUAAAUCAGAUGAAAACCAAAACUUUAAAUAAGAAAAUAAAAGGGAUACAAAAAACACAAAAUACUAAACAAAACAAGUCUUAAAUGUAAGAGGCGUUAAUGAGUGUUAAUUUGAAAAAAUCUAUACAGAAAAAGAGAAACCCGCGCCCCUGACAUAUAGUCAAAUAGGCACAGUAAACUGAACUAAAACCGAUAUUGAAUUGAAGCAAGCAAAAAAGUAAAUAGGGAAAAACUA